UUUCCCGUCACUCCGUCACUCCGUCAACACUUCCGCCUUUCCUGAUCUCAACUUUACCGGCAUCAGCAGCAAGGAAAUCCCUUCUUCAUUUCCGCAACAUUCGCGUAAGAUUUAGCCGGCAAUAUGGUUCAGUUCUCCGAGGAAACCAAGGAGCGUAUCUCCAAGGUCAUUGACGUCUCCAGAGUUGCUAUUCACUAUGGAUACCUGCCAUUGAUCGUCUAUCUCGGAUACACUUACAGUGAACCCAAGCCUUCUCUGUUCAAGCUGUUCUCGCCGCUCGCCUAGAGGAAUGAGUUGCUUCAGCAUACUGGACGGCGAAUGCCCAUCAGGCAGACUCAUGCAACGCCUGGAUUCUCCGUCUGCGAUGUAGACAGACAAAUAAUAAUACUGCCUGUCGGAAUACGAGCAGACUGAGAAACCUUUUUCAUCUCAAACCCCCGGGUCGAUGUUGACAUUGGAAGUCUACAUCGAUACACAUGUACUUUUAAACUAUGAUCAGUUCUCAUGUUUUGUAUUGGUUAACGCGAAUGGUUCAAUUUCAUACACAGGUCCAGGGCAGGACCGAGGAUACAUGCAAAGGGUUUCCGGGAGACUACAUUAUUAAGUAUCAGCGUAAGCUCAACCGAUGCACUGCGAAGCAGACUCCAGAUCAAAUAUCAGCAUGUAUGAUCUUAUUUUAU